AUGGCAUAUUAUAAUCGAAGUGAUGUUUCCUUAUUUGCUAAUAUAAAUUCCUCAAUAUUACCAUCAUCAUAUUAUGAUAAUAACAACACUUUACAUAGAUCAUCCGAUAGUGGAAAAACAAGUAUUUCUGAACGUUUAAAAUUUGUUGAACGUUUAACAACUCAUAUAACGCUCAUUGUUUCUAUUAUUGGUUUAAUUGGUAAUGCAUGUACAAUAAUUGUACUUAAUAGACAAUCAAUGCGUAAAUGGCGUUCAUCAAUAUUAUUAUCAUCGUUAGCUGCUGUAGAUUUUCUUUAUUUAUUAAUUAUAUUUUUAUCUAUUAUUGAUGAAUUAACAAAUAAAGCAAUUGGCCUUAAUCAAUCCUUAAUAUUAUGUCAAGUAACGGUUUAUAUAACACAUGUUUGUUCAUUUUUAUCAGCUAAUUUUACGUUAUCAUUUACAUUACAACGUUUUAUUGCUGUUAUUUUUCCAUUACAUGCUAAAACAAUAAUAUCAAAUCGUUCAUCCAUAACAAAUAUAUCAGUAUUAUUAAUUUUUGGUUGUAGUUUUUAUUCAUUUAGUUUCUUUGUGACAAAUGUAUCUGAUGGAAAAUGUCUGGAAGAUGAUGCUUAUCCAGUUUUAUUUCCACUAUUAAUGGUUGAUAUAUGUUUAACAUUUAUCAUACCAUUUAUAUUUAUAGUUAUUUUUAAUUGUGCUAUUGUUUACCAAUUACAGCAUAGGAAAAAAUUUUCAACUUUUUCUGAUGGUUCAUUGACAACAAUAAGAAAUCCUUAUAAUCGAGGAAAAGCAUUACCAUAUCGUUUGCCUGGAACUAAUGAUUAUCUUGAACAAGAUCGGUUUUAUCAAGCAAAUCCUGAUAUUAAUGGUUGUAGCUCAUACGAAAAUGGAACUAGAACACCAGAUACACCAUCGUCAACACAUCGUACAACAUGUGCAUCAAUUGUUGAAACGACAAGAAAAUCUAAUGAAUAUGUGACACGUAUUAGUAAUCCACGUGCAUCAGUAUUAACAAUGUCGAAUGAUUUAAUAAAUACACCACCAAAUUCAACUAGUAGUCGACACGCAAUAUCACAACGUACAACACAAAUGCUUGUUAUAUGUUCAACAACAUUUCUUUUAUUUAAUUCUCCAUAUUCUGCUGUUUUACUAUAUUCUAUUCUAUCAAAACACUUUCUAACACGUACACUUGGAAUUUUAAGACAUUUUUACUUUAUGUCAUUCUGUUUCAAUUUUUUUCUAUAUGCAUUAUGGGGAAAUCGUUUUCGUCAGGAAUUUAUUUUACUUUUAAAAUCAUGUUGUACACAAAAUAUUCGUUUCACAUGGUUUAGGUCUGAUAAAACCUUCAAAAUGUCAAAUUUUACACGUGCUAAAACUAGAGCAGCUGUUUAA